AUGCGCGAACCUACCGACGCCGAACUCACCACUGCUCUCUCGGAGAUCCUUUCAAUUUGGCCCGAGAAGAAGGACAGGCUACGCUUCGUGUUUGAGCGGGUGAAGCGAUGGAACCCAACCUGGUCUGUGACGUUGGAGAGAAUGUCCUUCGUAUACGCCAAUGCACAAUGGGACGCUGUCGCGGUCGAUCAACAUCCUCCCCCGAAGUGGUCUGGUGUCAUCAUUCAUCCAGACGACUAUGGUUUAUCUCCUUUGCAUGAUCCCACAUCCCUUCACUCUCACCUCGAUCUUUGUCUUGUCGAAUUCGACGAAGAUGGCGCCGUCAGUACUCAGUCUUUGAUGGACCUCAUUGGAUCGAAGGAUGUCCACUGCUUCACGAACGCAUACGAUCGCGAUUCUAGGGUUGACGAUUGGUACUACGCGUUCUAUGCCAGGUCUUUAGACAUCACCAGCGCCCCGAACCCUAUCGCCGACAUUGUGAAGCCUUCACAUCACCCGAUGAUACGAGGACGCGUUCUCGUUGUUCUGAACGGUCCGACGGGUGGAAGGUGGGAGACAUCACAAAGGAUUGAUGACACAGAGCUUGGGCGAACCUUGUGGUGGUACCUCAAGUCUGGAAACGAGGGAGCUUCGGCGUUAUAUUCGGACGUUGAUGGAAUAGCUCGCGUAGCAGGUCCGUGGAGAGAUGGUGCUGCAUUCUUACGCGCGACAGUUACAAGUGACGGGUCCUUGGAUUGGUCUGUAUCAGAGGAAGACACCCAUGUUCCGAACACUAACGAUGGUCUCCGACGAUGGUUAAAAGUCGUCUCUGGUCUUUGCUCUACCCGCAACUUCCUCAAUUAUCCUUUCGAUGUCGUCUAUUCCGGUCCACUUUCAUCCUUUCCUCGUCCCCGUAUUGAGAUUCGUGUUCAAGGCGUACUAGAGAAAGGCGCGCUCGCUAGUGGAGUACUCGUCACUCGACCUAUUUCUAGUGGAUGGGAGCGUGUUCGUUGGGUGCGAUUAGUGUGCGACAUUCACGAUCACCAGGAGAGAUUUCAAGAACAAGUACGGGUCUUGCGUGCUGUGGCGGAUGCUUGUAAAGCACAGGUAGGGUUGCCACCAUCACAGUUGUCUCUGCCUGAUGCAGUACACCUUCGACGUCGUGAACCCGAGGGGAAGGAACCGAUCGUUCCUUUGGGCAUAUUCGAGAUCCACAAAUCCUCCAUGUUGCUUGAAGAAUUGCCCGUGGAUGGUCUUGGUGUAGGAGACAUUUUAGACAUCCGUGCGUUCGUGGACAUUGCUGUGUAUCGUGGGGAUGACACUCUCCCUCGCACUGCCGUUUAUUUCUCCUUCGACGAGAUCGUUAGGGUUGCUCGAGCAUUGGGUCCCCACAUAACUUUAGACCCAGCGGUUCCUCCGGACAGGCUGGAUGAAAGGUACUCUGAGGCUGAUCACGUGGGGUAUGACAAUGCCGGUGAUGUGACUGUUGGGCAGGAUGAGGAGCUGUUAGAAACACUCAACUCUCGCUUUCCUCCUAUGGACAUAUCUUUCUUGGAUUAG